AUGGAAGAGACAAAACAAAGACUUGAAACUCAGUUUUCCAACCUCCAGGCAGAGGAGCCCUUUCUGGCUCAUCGUAUUGAAGCAACUUCUCCUAGAUAUUUUUUCCAUGAAGCUAUUAAUUGGGGUGAGAGCAAAAUAAAAGGUUCUUGUCCUUAUGAAUGCCUUAACGGAGCUUUCUGUUCUAAGACUGGUACAUGUGAUUGUCAAAUAUUUCAGGCUCUUGGGACAAGGUGCCAAAUUGUCCCAAACAUGGGCAGUGGAAGAGAUGGGAUUUGCAAAACCUGGGGACAGUAUCAUUUUGAAACAUUUGAUGGUAUAUACUAUUACUUCCCAGGAAACUGUUCAUAUAUUUUUGCAAAGGAUUGUGGUGAUUUGGAGCCUCGUUAUACAGUAUGGGUUCAUAAUAGCCCCAAAUGCUUUGGUUCAGUGUAUUCUUGUUAUCGCGCAAUCAGCUUAUUCUUUUCAAACCAAGAGGAAAUUCGAAUUUAUGGUCAUGAAAUUAAAAAGGAUGGAAUCAGUUUAACAUUACCCCAGACAAUUGGACAAGUUUUCAUUGAGAAAUUAGCUGACUACAUUCUGGUGAAAACAACUUUUGGCUUUUCAUUGGCAUGGGAUGGAAUAUCGGGAAUUUAUCUCAAAUUAUCUGAGGAGCAUAAAGGGAAAUCAUGUGGCCUAUGUGGCACCUACAAUGAUAUUCAAUCUGAUGAUUUCAUAAUUCAGCAAGAGGACUACACAGAAGAUAUUGCUAUGUUUGCAAAUAGCUGGUCAGUGCAAACACCUGAUGACUCCAAAUGUGUGCCCACACCCUCAGAUUUUCCAAAUCCAUGCUCCAGUGGAAUGCCUGCAUUUGAGGCAAUCUUCUUCAAGUGUCAGAUACUGUUGCAGUUUCCUUUUCUGAGCUGCCAUGAAUAUAUUGAUCCAUAUUUAUAUAUUGCCAGCUGUGUUAAUGAUCUUUGCAAAACUGAUGAUGAUGAAACCUAUUGUCGAGCAGCCACUGAGUAUGCAAGAGCCUGUUCUCAUGCUGGCUACCCUAUUCAAGACUGGAGAGAGGACUUUUCAGCAUGCACUGAUAGAUGUGACGACAGCUUUGUCCAUCGGGAUUGUAUCAGUUGUUGUCCACCUACUUGCACGUUUGAGAAGCAGUGUCUUGGGAGCAAUCUCCAUUGUCUUGAUGGAUGUUACUGCCCAGAUGGUCUCAUAAUGGACAAUGGGACUUGCAUAUCUUUGGAAAACUGCCCAUGUGGUUUUCAUGGGUUAGCUUAUUCUGUUGGUUCAAAAAUUGAACAAGAGUGUACUGAAUGUGUUUGUGUUGGUGGUAUUUGGAACUGCACUGAGCAUGACUGUCCAGUUCAAUGCUCUGUUGUGGGUAAUUCUCAUUUUACAACUUUUGAUGGCCGACAUUAUUCAUUUAUUGGCAUGUGCCAGUACGUCCUUGUGAAAGGAACUGGAGAAGAUAAAUUCACAAUUACUUUACAGAAAGCUCCCUGUGAGCAGAACCUUGGCUUGGUCUGCCUUCAUUCUAUAACUCUAAUUUUGGAUGACGAUUUUAGCAAACAAGUCACUCUCAGCAGGGGAGGACAAAUCCUCAGCAGUCCUAAUCAAGGCUUCAAUCUGAAUGGAAUUGUUGAAAUUCAAACACUAUCAUCCUUGUUUAUGCUUCUAAAAACUACAUUUGGUCUAAAGAUCCUGUUUGCUAUAGAUGGGGAAAGGAUUUAUAUUCAGCUCACUAGUGCAUGGAAAAGAAGAACAUUAGGUCUGUGUGGCACUUUUAAUGGGAACAUAAGGGAUGAUUUUCUUUCUCCAUCAGGCAUGAUAGAAGGAACUCCACAACUUCACUCCAAUGCAUGGAGAGUUUCCUCCACUUGUUUUGCACCUGUCCAUGUCCCAGUGGUGGACCCAUGUAACAUCAAUCAGCAAAAUAUUGGCUAUGCAGCACACUGUGAUGUCAUCCACCAGGAGCUCUUUGCUUCUUGCCACGUUUACAUUAGCCCCGGGCUGUACUAUCAGCUAUGCCGCCAUGAUGCAUGCAAGUGUGGAAGUGCCUGUCUAUGCAAUGCUCUUGCCCACUAUGCCUACCUUUGUGGUCAGCGUGGUGUCCCCAUUGAUUUUAGAGCCCAGAUUUCAUUCUGUGCUGUGGUGUGCCAGAAGGGCAUGCUGUAUCACCGCUGUGCCUCGUUUUGCCACCGCUCCUGCACUUCUCUCUCGGCCCCAGAGCAGUGUAACGAUGACUGUGCUGAAGGCUGUAACUGUCCUGAAGGCAAAUUCUACGAGGAAACACUUAACUUUUGUGUGCCAGUAUAUCACUGCCGGUGUCAUUACAGGGGCAGCGUUUAUCAGCCUGGGGAGCUUAUCCCUACACCCUUGGGCUUAUGCCAAUGUUCAAAUGGGACUGUGAAAUGUGAUAAAUUAGCAACACCCUCUCCUGUUCAUGCCUGCCCAGAAGGAAAGCAAUAUUUUGACUGCAGGUUUCCUGACCCUGAAUUACCAGCUGGGGGUGUAAAUUGUGAAACUACAUGUGCAAACCUGGCCAUGAACUUCACCUGCACCCCAUCUUCACCCUGCAUAAGUGGCUGUGUUUGUGCACCAGGAAUGGCAGAGCACAAAGGAAAGUGCUAUGUUCCUGAAAGUUGUCCAUGUAUCUGGAAAGAUUGGGAGCACCUCUCAGGAGAAGUGAUUGCUACACCGUGUUAUACUUGUAUUUGUCGACGAGGAAUGUUCAAUUGUACAUAUUACCCAUGCCCAGCAGUCUGCACAAUAUAUGGGGACCGGCAUUAUCAUUCUUUUGAUGGACUAGAAUAUGAUUAUAUCAGUGAUUGCCAGGUAUUUUUGAUAAAGAGUACUGAUGAUUCAGAUAUAUCUAUCAUUGCCCAGAACAAGAAAUGCUUUGACAAUGAUAUUGUUUGUUCUAAAAGCGUUUUGAUUUCAGUUGGCAACACUGAAAUUUACCUAAAUGAUAGUCCUUACAAGCAGAAACGAUCAGGUUUCCUUCUGGAAGACAAUCCCACAUACCAGGUUUGGAAAGCUGGAUUCUAUAUAGUAGUGUAUUUCCCUGAGGAAGAUAUCACUAUUCUUUGGGAUACGAAGACAACCAUCCAUAUUAAAGUUGGGCCACAAUGGAAGAACAAACUAUCAGGAUUGUGUGGAAACUUUGACAAGUGUACUUCUAAUGAUAUGACCACAUCUAAUAACUUGGAAGUGAGAAAUGCUCAGGUAUUUGGAGAUAGCUGGGCAUUAGGACAGUGUGAAGAUCCAAGUGAAAUAACGAAACCCUGUGAGGCACAUCAAAACAAAUUUCCUUAUGCCAAAAAAGAAUGCUCCAUUUUGUACAGUGAUGUUUUUGCUCCUUGUCACAAUGUGAUUGAUGUUACUUCUUUUGCCAAAAAUUGCCAUGAGGAUACGUGCAACUGUAAUCUUGGUGGGGAUUGUGAGUGUUUAUGCACCAGUAUAGCAGCGUAUGCAUACAUGUGUUGUCAGGAGGGGAUAGCCAUUCACUGGAGGUCGUCCACUCACUGUUCUCUUGAUUGUGAAUAUUACAAUGAAGGACUUGGAGAAGGACCAUAUAUGUUGGCAAGUUAUGGGCAGAGUGGCCUUGUUCUGGGAGCUAAUUUGACGAGUAGAAGCAUUUUCUCUUUACCAAGAAGUGGUAUGCAUGGAAAUUUAGUUUUUAAUUUUAUGAUCACUCCAGGCCUUUUCAAAGAAAAGACAUCAUCACUGGCACUUGUUUCUCUGGAAUCUGCUGAAAGACCAAACUACUUUCUGUAUGUCCACGACAAUGACACUCUUAGCUUGAAACUGUGGCAGGCAAAUUCAGCCUUUCAUCGGAGAGCUACAUUUUUCCACCAUCAGAGCCUCUGGAUUUCUGGUUACAGUGCAUUUGAGCUAUACAGCAAGAAAGGCUUUUUCAUCAUAUUCACAGAUUCUAGUGUCAAAGCAUCAAAAUAUGAUGAUUCUGAGGAAUUCAAACAAUCAAGUAGUUUCAACAUAGAAGAAAUCCAGGCAGCAGUGCCUUACAGGAGAAUGUGUGAAUGGAAAUAUGAACCUUGUGCCACUCCCUGUUUUAAAACAUGUAGUGACCCUGAAGCACUAGCAUGUACAUUUCUUCCACCGGUUGAAGGAUGCUUGCCCUACUGCCCUAAAAAUAUGAUCCUUGAUGAGAUCACCUUUAAAUGUGUUUAUCCAGGAGACUGCAUAACUGUAAGUCCUACAGAGCCAGCGUUAACCCCACCAGGUCCAGAAAUGAUUACUCCAUCAGAUGUCACUGUGUUUGACAUAACACCAACGACAGGUUUGGAAUGUGAGCCUCAGCAAUUUGAUCCUGUUUAUAACUGUAGCCAAUAUAUAUGCCUCAAUAUGGAAUGGACGUUGUACAACUGGUCUCUCAAUUGCCCAAAGGUCUUGGAAAUGCCUGAUUGUGGUUUCCGGGGAAGGCCUGUUCAAGUGAACACUGACAUCUGCUGCCCUGAGUGGGAAUGUCCUUGUCGGUGUUCCAUGUUGUCAGAACUCAGCAUUAUUACAUUUGAUGGAAACAAUGCCGCAUUAUAUAGUAUGGCAUCUUAUAUAUUAGUAAGAAUUCCUGGGGAAAUUAUAGUUGUUCAUAUUGAAAAAUGUUCCAUGAAUCAGAAUGGAAACUCAUUUAAAAAGCUAGCUUCCUCUGGAAGGAUCACUGGACUUUGUUCUAAGAAGCUCAGUGUGACAACAUCUAUACAUAAAAUACUCAUCAAUAGAUUAGCAAGAAAGGCAGAAGUUGAUUCUAUCAUUGUGCCUUUGCCUUUUUCAAGUGAAGAACUGUCCGUAGAGGAUUCGGGUACAAUGUAUGUAAUUACUACUCCAGCUGGAUUAAUCAUAAAAUGGGCUCAUCUUACAGGAAUCAUAGACAUUCACUUUAGCUUCCGAUUUAAUUUGUCAUCCUACACAGAAGGACUUUGUGGAAUUUGCAACGAAGAUCCUGAUGAUGACCUAAGGAUGCAAAAUGGCACAAUUAUUAUGAAUAUGGAAGAUAUAGGAUUAUUUAUUGAGAGCUGGGAAAUUGAGAAAACUUUUGAAGUAACAAUGAGAAGGCCUGUUAGGAAUUGUACUGAGCAUGAUUGCAGUCACUGUAUUGAGUUAUUAAAUAAAGAAGCUUUCAUUCCAUGUCAUGAUAAAGUUUCACCAAAGGACUUUUGUGAAAAGAUGUGGAUCAAUUAUACCUAUUUCUGGAAGUAUGAAUGUGAUGCACUUUCUGCAUACGUUGCCCUGUGCAACAAGUUUGACAUCUGUAUUCACUGGAGAACUCCUGAUUACUGCUCUCUGAGUUGUCCUGAGGGGAAGGAAUAUCAACCCUGUGUGCGCCCUUGUGAAGCGAGAACAUGCGUGAACAAAUGGUUUUAUGGACAUACUCUAUGUUUGAAUUUAAGAGAAGACUGUGUGUGCAAAAAUGGAACUAUUCUUCACCGGGCAGAUAAAACCCAGUGCAUUCCAGAGAGAGAAUGUGCAUGCACUGAUAGUGAAGAUCAACCCCACACUGCUGGGGAGAUUUGGAAUGGGGGCAUUGAUGAAUGCACCCUGUACAAAUGUUUGGAGAAUGGAAGCAUUAUUCCUAUAGAACCAGACUGUGAAGAUGAGCCCUCACCUAUUUGUGAACGAGAAGCUGAAGUUGUCAUGGGAAUCAUCGAUAAGCUGAGCUGUUGUGCAAAGGAAGUUUGUGGAUGUGACAUGACUUUGUGUGAAACUACCAUCCCAGCAUGUACAAAUAGUCAAAAAUUGACUGUUGGUUAUAGCCCUCUUUCUUGCUGUCCACAAUACAAAUGUGAAUGUGACCUGCUCAAAUGCCCCAAUAUUUCAACAUCAGGAUGCAGAGGAGACCAAUUCAUGAUUCAGAUUCAACAAGAAGAACCUUGCUGUUUUUCUCCUUUCUGUGUUUGUGAAUCUUGUACUGAACCUAUUCCACUAUGUAUGGAUGGGGAAUUUCUCACAGUGGAUCUUAAUACCACACAUUUCUGUUGUCCUCAGUAUUACUGUGUGUGUGAACCAAAUCUAUGCCCUAUACCAUUGCUCAACUGUGCAGACGAUAUGAAUCUUGUGAAGAAAAAUGUAUCUGGUCAAUGUUGUCCAACAUGGCGUUGUGAAUGUAACUGUGGAAACCUUGUUGUACCAACUUGUGAAGUGGGAGAAUUUACUACAGUAGACCAAAACUUUCAGAGUGACUGUGGAUGUGUACAGUAUCUUUGUGAGAAGGAUGAUGUGUGUGUAUUUCAAGAAGUAUCAGUGUUGAAUCUUGGACAAUCUGUGAUAAAGUAUUUGGAAGGGGACUUUUGUUAUACAAUAGAGUGUUUGGAAGAAAAAGAUAAUCAUACAGGGUUUCACACUUUGAAUUUCACAAUGGUGAAUUGUUCAAAAACUUGUGAUGUUAACCAGGUAUACACUCCAGCUCCAAGUGAUUACGAUUGUUGUGGUACCUGUAGAAAUGUAUCCUGCAAAUUUCAUAUGGAAAAUGGAACCUCAGUUAUAUAUGCGGAGGGGAGUACCUGGCACUAUAACUGCACCACAUAUGAAUGUGUUAACACUGAGGAAGGGGCUAUGGUUCUGAACUAUAGCAUGGUCUGUCCCCCUUUUAAUGAGACUGAAUGCAAAAUGAAUGAAGGGAUUGUAAAGCUUUAUAAUGAAGGCUGCUGCAAGAUCUGCAAAAGAGAAGAAAGACUAUGCCAGAAGGUGAUCAUUAAAUCAAUCAUAAGGAAACAGGACUGUGUAAGCCAAAGCUCUAUAAAUGUUGCCUCUUGCGAUGGAAAAUGCCCAUCAGCUACCAUAUAUAAUAUCAAUGUUGAAAGUCACCUAAGAUUCUGCAAGUGCUGUCGUGAAAAUGGAGUACAAAACUUAACUGUCCCUCUGUAUUGCUCUGGAAAUGGCACUGAAAUUAUGUACACUCUCCAGGAACCUAUAGAUUGCACAUGCCAGUGGAAUUAACUUGUCAAACUCCAAGAGCUCUGACAGUAUCAUUAUGUCAAAUACAUUGAACCUUUGUCACUAUUAUUUAGGCAGUUGGGCAGUGUAUGCUAUUUAAUAAUGUGUUUUUAGAUAACUGGAAUAUAACAGUUUUACAGUUGGCAUAAAACAUAUAGCCUUUGGUGGCAAAUUAGAUUCAUUGCUUUGUUUUAGAGAAGCAAAUGAUUUUAAGUUGUUCAGCUGUAAUAUUGGUAGAAUUGCAACAUGGUACAAAACUGGAACUAUUUUUUAUCAAAAAGACUAUUUUGUGAAAUUCCUUAAAUUUUCCUGACUGCUUAUUUUUUGAUUUCCAAAGUCUGCCAUUACUGUCCAAAUUAAGGUAUUCUUUAAUAUCUGCUACUUAGUUGAUAAAUAUGAUCAGUUAAAAUUUGGUAGCUUGGGCCAGGGAUUUAGCUCAGGGGCUCCACGCCUGCCUGGCAAACAAACACAAAGUCCUGAGUUUGAUUACUGGUACAAAAAAAAAAAAAAAUGAAGAAAAGAAAAGAAAAGAAAGAAAAAAAAUUGGCAGCUCAAUAGCCAUUGAGGUUUGUGUUUAGAAACAUGAUAGAGCUAUAAAAUUUUAGAUUACUUAGAACUCGAGUGGAUGGGUUGCUUCUGCACAUUACUCUCAUUUUGUGUGUUUAACAAUAACUAGGGAAACAGACUGAUUUGGACUAAUUCACCCAUUGUAACAACAGAAGAGAUUAUGGUGGCAGACUUAAGCUCUAGAUCUGUUUUAUUCUAGUCUUAGUUGUUUUAUUUUGAGUAGUAAAGUGUCUAUUAUAGAAUCAUUCAUUCUUAGUUUGCAUCAGAUAGAAUUAAAAAUUUGAAGUUGAAGGUGUUUUUAAAAAUACCAAAUACACGUAAAUAGUUAUCCCAAUAAUAGGAAGCAGGGAAAUACAGCCUCAGUUGGUAAAUUUAGGAGGCAGAUCUUGAAUAUUUAUUUUUAUACCUUUAAAACUGCUGUUAAAUAUGUUAUUACUGUUUAACAUUGAAGUAGCUACUUGCUAUCUCAUGACACCUGAUUUUUAAGACGUAUUAGCAAACAUUGAAGUCAAGAGCUACUUUGGUAUCAAUGUUGCUUUAUCAAUAAAGAGUGAAGUAAAACUAUCUGAAUGUAUUAAUAAUUUUAUAAUGGGAUACUGCAGUUUUUAAAUACAGUAGCUUACUGAUAUUUGGAAGUAAUGUGUAUUAAGAUCUUUGCAAACUCCCAAAUUAAUUUUCAUUUUGAGUAACUAGUUAUUAAAAUUUAUUCUUCAAUAAAGAGAGAAUGCUAUAAUUAGAGCAGUUGUAAAUAUAAAAAAUUUCAACAAUAGUCCCGAGGUUGAUCCCCGAUACCAAAAAAAAAAGUUCAACAUUGAUAAUAAAACAUUCAAAUAACAUCAAAAAACAAAUGCUUGAGUCCUAAGAAGCUAGGUGACCUGAUUUUCCAUACUAGUGCUUUUACUUUAAAAUCACACUUCCCAGAAAUAUUGCAACCUACUAGUAUUUUGGGCCUCCAGGGUUACUUAUGUGUACUGUACAGAAAAUGAUUUAUCUUGUUUGUGUUUAACGUGUAUUUCCUAUAUAAGUAAAUAUAUGAAUAUCUUUGAUUCUUGUUAACACAUACACUGAAUUAAAUAUUUUUGUUUAAAUAAAACAUUAACAUUUUGCUUAAGAGAAAACAUUAUGUACCUCAAAUAUAGUAUAA